CUAAAAAAACACCUUAUUAAUUAAGAUAAUUUCCGAGGGGCCAGGCGAGGAAAACGCAUCUCGGACGCCGAUCCCUUUCCGAUUGGCCACUCUUGCCGAUAAAAACCUAUUGCCUCGUCUCCGCGCUCAUCAAUUUCUUCCAGUGCGAUCAGUAGAGAUUUUCUUAUUGCAUAAUGAGUUCAAGUAUCAUGGAUGAUGAUUGGGACUUGCCCAACUUCCAUAAUGAGUUUAAUUUGGUCCUCUUUGGAAAAACUGGAAAUGGGAAAAGUGCAACUGGAAAUAGUAUUCUUGGUAAAGAGGCAUUCUUGUCAAAGACCAGCUUGUUUUCUGUAACAAGUACAUGUCAAUUGCAAAGCAUUACAUUGAGGGAUGGUCGUCGUGUGAAUGUCAUUGACACUCCUGGGCUCUUUGAUAGUUCUGAUGAGGCAGAAGCUACUGGCAGGGAAAUUGUUCGAUGUGUAAACUUGGCAAAAGAUGGCAUUCAUGCAAUACUCAUGGUUUUUUCUGUUAGAUCACGUUUCUCAGCUGAAGAAGAGGCUGCAAUUGAAAGUCUAAAAACCUUUUUUGGCGAAAAAAUUCUUGACUAUAUGAUUGUAGUUUUUACUGGUGGAGAUGAUCUUGAAAGUAAUGGACAAUCUCUCAAGGAUUUCAUUGGUCACAAGAAGCACAAGCCUUUACAGAAAUUUCUUGAAUCUUGCAAGUCUAGAAUUGUUCUUUUUGACAACAAGACUAAGGAUGAGGCGAAACGAACUAAGCAAUUGGAAGGCCUUUUUUAUCUUGUUGACUCUGUUGUAUCUAGCAAUGGUGGAAAACCAUUUUCUGAUGAACUUUUUGAUGAAUUAAAGAAAGGAGCUUUGAGCGUCCAUCGCAAAGAAAAAGAGGUUGAAUCUGAGCAAGGAUAUUCUGAACAGCAGAUAUCUGAAUUGAAGAAAGAAAUAUCCAAGUCAUAUGAUCGUCAACUUGAGCGAAUUACUGAAAUGGUUGAACAAAAGUUAAAGCUAACAGUGGAGAAACUCGAGAAACAAUUGGCAGAAGAGCAAGCUGCUCGACUUGAAGCAGAGAAGGUAUCUCAAGAAGCAAGAAAGAGAUCGGACGAAGAUAUUAAAAACCUUAAGGAGAAGCUGGAGAGGGCUCAGAAGGAUGCUCAAGAGUUCAAAAUGCUCGCAGAGAGCAAGAACGCAUGCAUAAUUCUGUGAAAUGCACAUCACUAAUAUUCCAGUGUAAUUAUCAUUUCAACUAGGUCUAGCUCAUCACACUCCGAUUUCUAUAUCUUCUUUGGGAAACUAUGCACUAAACUUUUUACAUUUAUAAGAAGGUGAUUGCAUUAUGACACAGUUA